AUGUCUCCAUCCCGUCGUGGCGCCAGGAUAUUACUGUUGGCGGUGCUUGGAAUUGUUUUCUUCAUAUGUUACUUGAGUGCCAAUGCAAGACGAAUCCAGAAUGAAGCCUUCUAUCAACAAACCGUUCAGGCAAUGGACGCGAAAGCUGCGCAAAAACUCAGCGGGAUGGGCGGAGGCGACGACGACGAAGCCGUUUUCCAGAAACUGCGGACUACGAAACUGGCCCCGGAGGAUAAACAAGCGAUAGCGGUCCAGCGGCAGAGAUACGAGAGUCCGCUGAAGAUGCCGCAUCCCAGCGGGGGUGAUGAUAGUCACGAUGGGCAAGAUGGCGAGAAGUCUAUCGCGGGGAGGAAAAAGAUACCGGCCGGGCAGUCUCAGGUUUCAUUGGAGGAUAUGGAGGAUCCGGAGGUGGAGGCGGAGCUUAAUGCAAUUCUCAAGAGAUCACCCAUCAUAAUAUUCUCCAAAUCCUACUGCCCCUACAGCGAAAAAGCCAAAUCCAUCCUCCUGAACAAACACAGCAUCAUCCCCCCCCCUUUCGUCGUCGAGCUCGAUAUACACCCGCUCGGAGAGCAGCUACAAGAGGUCCUUGCGCGCAACUCGGGGCGCAGAACCGUGCCUAACGUUUUGGUCAAUGGUAUGACCAUCGGCGGCGGAGAUGAUAUAGAGGCACUCCAUGAGACGGGGAAAUUGGCCUCGAAGAUAAAGACGCUGGGGGGGAAGAGGGUGAUGGAUAUUAAGUUGACGGAAGACGAGAAAUCACUUUGA